UAGCGAGGACUCUACAUAUACUGAUAUAUAAAGCCAGGAGACGGCAUCGCUUAGCUCUGUCGGCAGCUGCUCGUUCACUCUUUCUGUAACCAUGGUGGACUGCUUUGUAGGAACCUGGAAGCUUGUGGAUAGCAAGCAAUUUGACGAGUACAUGAAAGCUAUUGGUGUGGGAUUUGCCACCAGGCAAAUUGCAAAUGUCACCAAACCCACAACUAUAAUUUCCAAGGAAGGGGACCUAAUUGUGGUGCAGACACAAAGUACCUUCAAGAACACAGAGCUCAAAUUCAAACUGGAUGAAGAAUUCGAUGAAACCACUGCAGAUGAUAGAAAAUGCAAGUCCCUCGUGACGUUGGAAGAUGGCAAACUGAAGCACGUUCAGAAAUGGGAUGGUAAAGAAAGUAUUUUAGUUAGAGAAGUUGAUGGUGACAAACUUGUCCUGACUCUAACCUUUGGAGAGGUGGUCAGCACACGUCACUAUGAUAGAGCCUAAGGACCAGACACAAGCUUUUUACAACUAUUCUUUGUUAUACAAUUGUUUGGAUUCAGGUUCUUUUUCUCAAACAUGCCAAAAAUAAUCUCCCUAUCGUGCCACACUUCUUCCUCCAAUACUCAUACAGGUUAUACCAUCAGUAUUAAACCUUACUAUCAUGGGCUGUGCCUUUUGCUGUGACCGUAAAACCUUUUUUUUUUUACUCGGCUGUGUCAAACAUGGCUGCUUCCUGUUAAGCUCAGGGAGCACUAUAAACAUU